UUUAUGGCCACCAACGACCUGAUGGUGGAACUGCAGAAAGACUCCAUAAAACUAGAUGAAGACAGCGAGAAAAAAGUUGUGAAGAUGCUUUUGAAAUUGCUGGAGGACAAAAAUGGGGAAGUGCAGAACCUUGCUGUCAAGUGCCUGGGCCCGCUGGUGGGCAAAGUGAAGGAAUACCAGGUGGAAACCAUCGUGGAUACCCUGUGUGCAAACAUGUUGUCUGACAAGGAGCAGCUGAGGGAUAUCUCCAGCAUUGGACUGAAAACAGUCAUCUCUGAGCUGCCACCAGCUUCUGCAGGCUCCACCAUGACAGCCAAUGUGUGCAAAAAGAUCACAGCCCAGCUGACAGGAGCAAUAGGCAAGCAGGAGGAUGUGUCUGUGCAGCUGGAGGCUCUUGACAUCUUGUCGGAUAUGCUGAGCAGGCUGGGGGGAACACUCUACUCUUUCCAUUCCUCCAUCCUGAGCUGCCUGCUUCCCCAGCUGACCAGCCCCAGGCUGGCGGUGCGGAAAAGGGCCAUCAUUGCCCUGGGGCAUCUGGUCCUGACCUGCAGUGGCAGCAUCUUCUCGGAGCUCACAGAGCACCUGCUGGCCGAGCUGAGGAGGAACGAGUCUACUUCAACCACCAGGACGUACAUCCAGUGCAUGGCUGGCAUCAGCAGGCAGGCCGGGCACCGCAUAGGAGAACACCUGGAGAAGAUAAUUCCUCUGAUUGUCCAGUAUUGUAACGUGGAAGAUGACGAGCUGAGGGAGUACUGCUUUCAGGCCUUUGAGUCUUUUGUGAGAAGGUGUCCAAAGGAAAUAGACCCUCACAUCCAUAAUGUGAUGGGGUUAUGUUUGAAAUACAUCACAUUUGACCCAAACUACAACUAUGAUAAUGAGGAGGAAGAGGAAGAGAUGAUGGAAACUGAAAAUGGGGAGGAUGAAGAGCAAGAAAGCGACGACGAGUACAGCGACGACGACGACCUGAGCUGGAAGGUGCGCAGGUCUGCGGCCAAGUGCCUGGAGGCCCUGGUCAGCAGCAGGCACGACCUCCUUCAGACCUUCUACAGAACUCUUCCCCCAGUCUUGAUCAGCAGAUUCAAGGAGAGGGAGGAGAAUGUCAAAGCUGACAUCUUCAGUGCUUACAUCUCCUUGCUGAAGCAGACGCUUCCCAUCCAGAGCUGGCUGCACGCGUCAGAGGCCGCUGGCAAGGACCUUCCCCUGACCAUGCUUCAGAACCAGGUCCCCAACAUUGUCAAGGCCUUGCACAAGCAGCUCAAAGAAAAGAGCAUCAAGUCACGACAGGGGUGUUUCAGCCUCCUGACAGAACUGGCCAACGUCCUUCCUGGUUGCCUGGCAGAUCACAUCCCUGCACUGGUCCCUGGUGUUGUUUUCUCCUUGGCUGAUAAAUCCAGCUCCUCCAACAUGCGGAUUGAUGCUCUGUCUUUCCUUCAUGUCCUUCUUUGCAACCACCAGCCCGAGGUGUUUCACCCUCACAUCAAAAGCCUGCUGCCUCCGGUUGUCAGCUGCAUUGGAGACCCCUUUUAUAAGAUCACUUCAGAAGCUCUGCUGGUUACUCAGCAACUUGUGAAAGUUAUCAGGCCUUUGGACAAGCCCUGCACUUUUGAUGCCAAGCCCUAUGUGAAGGACCUUUUUCCCAGCACUCUGAAGAGACUGAAGGCAGCUGACAUCGACCAGGAGGUGAAGGAGCGUGCCAUCUCCUGCAUGGGACAAAUCAUUUACAGUCUGGGAGACCAUUUAAACACUGAUCUCCAGCCAACCUUGAAGAUAUUUCUGGAGAGGCUCAAAAAUGAAAUCACCAGAUUGACAACAGUCAAAGCAUUAACCUUAAUUGCUAGUUCUCCACUUAAAAUAGAUUUGAGACCCAUUCUAGGGGAGGGCUUCCCCAUUCUAGCUUCCUUCUUGAGAAAGAACCAACGUGCCUUGAAACUGAGCACUCUUACUGCUCUGGACAUCCUGGUGAGGAACUACAGUGACAGUCUCAAGCCUGCCAUGAUAGAGUCUGUCCUCACGGAGCUCCCAGCAUUAAUUACUGAGAAUGACAUGCAUGUUUCCCAGGUGGCAAUCGUGUUCCUGACUACUUUGGCUCAGGUGUACCCCUCCUGCCUCUCGAAGAUCAGCGGCUCUGUUCUUGCUGAAAUCUUCCAGCUUGUCCACUCUCCUUUGCUCCAAGGAGGGGCUCUAAACGCCAUCACAGACUUUUUCCAGGCACUGGUCCUGACGAAAACAGCCUCCAUGGGUUACCUGGAGCUGCUGAGGCAGCUGACUGUGCCCAUCCACGCCUCGGGGUCAGCAGAGGCACCAGCCACCCUACACAAACAGGCCUAUUACUCGACGGCAAAGUGCGUGGCUGCCCUUUCCUCAGCCUGCCCAAAGGAAACCCCUGCAACAGUGAACCAGUUUAUCCAGGAUGUGAAGAGCCCCAAGUCCAGCUCAGCUGUGAAGGUGCUGGCCCUCCUUUCCCUGGCAGAGAUGGGCCGCAGCACCAACCUCAGUGCCCAGAGGGAGCUCAGAGCUGUCAUCCUGGAGGCCUUCACUGCCCCCAGCGAAGAGGUGAAAUCCGCGGCUUCCUACGCCCUGGGGAAUGUCAGCGUGGGGAAUCUGAAGGAGUAUCUUCCCUUCAUGCUGAAGGAGAUCGGAAGCCAGCCCAAGAGGCAGUACCUCCUGCUGCACUCUCUAAAAGAAGUCAUCAGCUCCUCCCCAGCCGAGGGCCUGGCGCCUUACGUGGAGGACAUCUGGGCUCUGCUCUUCAGGCACUGCGACUGCGCGGAGGAGGGGACGCGCAGCGUGGUGGCCGAGUGCCUGGGGAAGCUGACUCUGGUGAAUCCUUCCGAGCUGCUGCCCCGGCUGAAGAAACAGCUGUCAUCAGGCUCUCCACAUGCGCGGAGCACGGUGGUAACUGCCAUAAAAUUCACCAUUGCAGACCAGCCCCAGCCCAUCGAUGCUCUUCUGAAAGGCUGCAUAGGUGACUUCUUAAAAACCCUUCAGGAUGCAGACCUGAAUGUUCGACGUGUGGCUUUAGCCCUGUUUAAUUCUGCUGCUCACAACAAACCUUCUUUAAUCCGAGAUUUACUAACUGCAGUCCUGCCCAGCCUGUACAAUGAAACCAAGGUCAGGAGGGAGCUGAUCCGGGAGGUAGAAAUGGGGCCAUUCAAGCACACUGUGGACGAUGGCCUUGAUGUGAGGAAAGCUGCCUUUGAGUGCAUGUACACGCUGCUGGAGAGCUGCCUCGACCGCCUGGACAUCUACGAGUACCUGAACCAUGUGGAGGACGGACUGAAGGAUCACUAUGACAUUCGGCCUCUCCGGGCAACCUGCUCCACCAAGGUGAAAGCUGGUUCUGUGAAGCAGGAGUUUGAGAAGCAGGAUGAACUGAAACGUUCUGCCAUGAGGGCAGUUGCUGCUCUCCUGACCAUCCCUGAAGUAGAGAAGAGCCCAGCAAUGGCUGACUUUUCAUCUCAGAUCAGAGCCAGUCCCGAGAUGGCAUCACUUUUUGAGAGCAUUCAGAAGGAUUCUGCUUCCCUGCCCACCUCAGAGUCGAUGGACAUGAGCUAA